AAUGUAUUAUCUAAUCAAACCGGCAAGAACUUGAUCCGACGCUAUAAACCACGAACCGAACGGAGUGAGAGUCCGAGAGAGACGUCACUACCUCACUACCAGUCUGUCACUGCUACACGCCACAGCAUAGCCAUAGUCUUUCCGUUUCAGCUUCUCUUCCUGUUUUUUCUUUUUUGGGUUCUUCAGAUACAGUUUGGAAUGCAAAGCUUUUAGAUUUUUUUUUUUUUUUUCGGAGAACCCAGCUGCCCAGGAAGGAGAUAAGCCCUCCUCUUCCUUAUCCUUUUGGCCUGUCAUGGCUCUGCAAUUGCUUCACCUGCCAAUAGCUUCCUCUUCACCUUCAACUUCUAUAGAAAGCCCACUUCUCUCCUUACGCCACCAACACCAUUUCUCUCCCAAUUAUCGAUCUACCUGCGCCAGUGGUGUCACUGCCAUUUAUUUGAACCGCCGCCGAAGAAGGGCCAAUGGCGUUACCUUUGUUGGCAAGGAAGAGACAGAAUUACGUCUCUCGCCCGCAGAAGAACAACAAGAACAAGAACAACAGGACCCAAGUCCAGAAGACCUCGAAUAUGUGUACCAGAUCCAAAGAGUGUUGGAGCUUCUCAAGAAAAACAGAGACAUGCUUUUCGGCGAGGUUAAAUUAACUGUCAUGAUUGAAGACCCAAGAGAAGUUGAGCGCAGGAGAUUACUUGGCAUAGAAGAUGAGGAUGGUCCAACAAGGGAUGACUUAGUUGCUGCUCUAGAAGAUGUGAACGAAGGAAGAAUUCCUGAAAACCGUGUUGCCCUGCGUAUGCUUGCAGAGGAAAUGGUUCAGUGGCCUAACUUGGAGGUUGAAGCACCGAAGCAAAAACCCAGCAAAUCUCUAUAUGCAAAAGCCACUGACACGGGUGUUAAUCCUCAAGAGGCUGCUAAGAGACUUAACGUUGACUGGGAUACAGCUGCUGAUAUUGAUGAAAGUGAUGUCAGUGAUGAGGCAGAGGUUCCAGCUGCUGUGGGAUAUGGAGCAUUAUACUUGGUCACUGCCUUUCCAGUAAUCAUAGGCAUUUCCGUGGUGUUGAUUUUAUUCUACAAUUCUCUUCAGUAGAAAUUUUGCCUUUUUAUUUGGUGUUGUAUUUCAUCUAUGAUCUCAAUGUUCUUUAAUGCAAUGGAUCAAGCAGUAUUUAUCAUGUGUCUUAUUCCAUAUGAUUUUGUAUAUUACAAACGUGAAAUGAAAUGAUAGAAAAGUUCAUAACUCUCA